AUGGAAAAAUCUGGUGUAAACCUCAACAACACUAAUACUCCGUCGGCAUCAAAUGCUUCCACAGCAACGGCUGUGUCUUUCCCGCAGCCUGCACCACGUUCUCCUCCGGGCUCUUCAACACCAACCGAGAAUUAUGGAGUCACACACUCAUACGACUUUUUAUAUGAGCUUGUACAAAAGCGGGUUUCGACGUUCACAUAUUUAAAGAAGGUGCACGAGGGAAAGAUACACUGGUUUAACACCGUAUGUUUAAACAAAGAAGAUCUAGGAAUGGUUUACGAGAAUUCCAGAAUGAAGAAACGCACGGGAAACUUUUUCAUCCUCGGCGCAUCUCUCGCACCAAUACUUGAUAUCAACAAUCCACAAGAUUAUGUGAAAGCUUUAAACGUAAUGCUACAAGAAUUUGAGUAUCACACAAACGAGCAUUCAAAACAAAAGAUGAAAAAUUUCUUCCGGAAAUCUAAGAUCGUGAAGGACGAUGAUGCAUCCUUCCAGGAGAGCGGAGAGUAUACCUAUCUUUUUGUGCCAAAUAUACCAUUUGAUCUGGACUAUUUCCAAACCUUUUAUACUUUAUGCGACAUAUUGGUGGAAGUGUACAACAAGUUAUUGGUAGGAACGACCAGUACAAUAACAACAAGUUUUACCGAAAGCGUGCAGAAAGUCGAUGGGAAAUUCAAAAAAAUCAUUGCGUUGAUAGCAAAAGAGAUCGACACAUUAUCUCGAAACACGAUCAAAGAUGAGUUGCGUGUCAUCGACCCGAUAAUCAUUAUGUCACCGUCCAACGCAAUCAGCAGUAGAAGAAUACAUUCGCCCGUCAAUUUUCCCAUCACAAAUAAUAGUAAUGAUGGGAUAUGGGACAGUAAUUAG